CUCUGGAGGUCAAAAGAAAUGAGACUGCUGGGCUAAGAUCAAGGUGUCAACAGGGCUGUAUUCCUUCCCGAGGCUCCAGGGGAGAAUCUGUUCACUUGCCUUUCCCAGCUUCUAGAGGUUGCCUACAUUCCUUGGCUUGCGGCCCCUUCCUCCAUCUCCGGAAUCAGUAACGGUUGCACUGCUGUGAUCCGUCAUCAUCUCCUAAAGAUGCAUCCUGACUUAUCUCCACACUUGCACACUGAAGAAUGCAACGUCUUGAUUAACUUGCUUAAGGAAUGUCACAAAAAUCACAACAUUCUGAAAUUUUUUGGUUAUUGUAAUGAUUUCGAUCGGGAGUUGAGAAAAUGCCUGAAGAAUGAGAGAGAUGGAGUCUUGCUGUGUUGCCCAGGAUGGUCUCAGACUUGUGGGCUCAAGGAGUUCUCCCAUCUUGGCCUCCCAAAGUUUUGGAUUACAGUACAUAGAAAACAGGACCAAGAGCAGGGAGCAUGGCAUUGCAAUGCGAAAGAAACUUUUUAAUCCUCCAGAGGAAUCCGAAAAAUAAAUUGUAUUUUCACUCGAUGCCUUGGCUGAGAGAAGACCUAAAGACUCUGGGUUGAUACCUGAAAGAAUCCUGUCUUAUUUGGUUUCCAUAAUCCUUUGAAUGGAAAGUGACCUGUGAGAGAUUGAACCGUGGAGAAAUAUGAAAACCCUGGAUUCUGAGUAUUUGUUGGGCAGGGCGUUUAGUACCGUCUCCCCUUUACCAGCAAACCUGACUUCACCAUGUUUAUUCCCUUUGCCUAUAACCAGUUAAUAUCUGAGUAACUUAUCUCCCUCAAUAAAAUAAUUCAUUUAAAUAA